AUGACGCCCGAAGAAGAGCGCCAGGCUGCCCUCAACUCGUACCGGGCCAAGCUCAUCGAGUCUCGAGAGUGGGAAGCCAAGCUCAAGAACCUACGCCUCGAGAUCAAGGAGUUACAGAAGGAGUUUGAUAAGACAGAAGACAACAUCAAGGCGCUGCAAAGCGUCGGCCAGAUUAUCGGCGAGGUCUUAAAGCAGUUGGAUGAAGAACGAUUUAUUGUGAAAGCAUCCUCAGGUCCUCGAUAUGUCGUCGGAUGUCGCAGCAAGGUCGACAAGGAGAAGAUGAAGCAGGGCACACGUGUAGCAUUGGACAUGACGACAUUAACAAUCAUGCGGAUGCUGCCCCGCGAGGUCGACCCUCUCGUCUACAACAUGUCGCUGGAGGACCCUGGGCAGGUCAGCUUUGCCGGAAUCGGCGGCUUGAACGACCAGAUCCGCGAACUGCGCGAAGUGAUCGAACUUCCGCUCAAGAACCCCGAACUCUUCUUGCGCGUUGGGAUAAAGCCGCCCAAGGGUGUCCUGCUCUACGGACCCCCUGGCACAGGCAAGACUCUGCUAGCGAGAGCGGUUGCUAGCAGUCUUGAGACGAACUUCUUGAAGGUUGUCUCUUCCGCCAUCGUCGACAAGUACAUUGGUGAGUCAGCUCGGCUGAUUCGCGAGAUGUUCGGCUACGCCAAGGAGCACGAGCCCUGCAUCAUUUUCAUGGACGAGAUCGACGCCAUCGGCGGACGACGAUUCUCGGAAGGCACCAGUGCGGAUCGCGAGAUUCAGAGAACAUUGAUGGAGCUUCUCAACCAGCUGGACGGAUUCGACUACUUGGGCAAGACGAAGAUCAUCAUGGCAACAAACAGACCCGAUACACUUGACCCGGCGUUGCUGCGUGCCGGACGCUUAGAUCGUAAGAUCGAGAUCCCUCUGCCCAACGAGGUCGGCCGGCUGGAGAUUCUCAAGAUUCACGCCCAAAGCGUGUCGGUGGAUGGGGACAUUGACUUUGAGAGUGUGGUGAAGAUGAGCGACGGUCUCAACGGUGCUGAUUUGCGAAACGUCGUGACAGAAGCCGGGCUCUUCGCCAUCAAGGACUAUCGGGAGUCGAUCAGCCAGGAUGACUUCAACGGCGCGGUGCGCAAAGUCGCCGAGUCCAAGAAGCUGGAGGGCAAGCUGGAGUACCAGAAGCUGUAA